AUUUUUUUUACACUAACUUUGUAAUUUUCCUUCUAUUUAAGUAAAUUGAACCACGGACAAAUUUUAGUAUCGUUAGUAAAGUCUGUCCAAUAGUUUCACAGCACAAAAAUGAAUUUAUUAAUAAAAAUUCUCACUUUCCACAUAUUCAUGUAUGGAAUUGUGUCAGCUGAAAUAAGCUGCGCUGAUCGAGCAAAGAAAGUAUCUGUGAACAUGACAGAUUGCUGUCAGUACCCUGAUUUAUUUGAUAUGAAAAUUUUUAACGAAACUUAUGAGAAAGUUUUAGCAGAAGGCAAAGCAGUGCCGGCAACGCCUCUAUUUGACUGUCUCGUCGAACAAGCACUUUUUAAAUCAUUAAAAUUCAUUGACGACAAAGGAAACCUCGAUGCUGCCAAAAUCAAUCAAACAAUAUCCGAAGUCAUCAAAGAUCCUGUUUGGAAAUCAACAAUUCUUAAUGCAAUGCCAAAGUGUCUCAGUGAAGUACCGAAAAUUGCUGAUAAAUAUCAAACAGAUUUAAAAAUUUCAAAGAACGUUUGUGAUGUUAAGUUUGACAUCAUUGCUGAUUGCGUUGACAUAACCGCAUUUAUGAAUUGCCCAGAAUCUUCAUGGAUCAAAAGUUUACCUAAAGCAAAUGAAACUGUAGCUGCAGCAUGUGAAAAUACAAAAUCAUUUAUAAAAGAUUGUUAUUCGGAUAUAAAAGCAUUUGAAAUUUUCCUAGAGAACCAGAAAGAUUAGUUAUAAUAACGAUUGUUAUGUUUUGAGGUUCCUUUACUUAUUCCUUAAGCCUUUCUUUUUCUGGAUUAUGGAAUCAUCAAUGUGACAUCAAAUUUUGUCACAUCAUCAACAAAAAAAACCUUAUUUAAAAUUGACAUAAUUUUUUUGAGUUAAAAAUAAAUUACAUGUUGAAUCACCACAAGCAAUUUGCAUGAUGAAAAGUUCCGGUUCUGAUUAAAUGACUGUUUUCAGCCAACAAUAAACCACAGAAUAAUAAAAUGCACACACUGAUGGUUCAAUUUAAUUAAUUUAAUCCACCUAGACACAAUGUCUCUUUUAUUAAAAUUACCACCAGCCAGCCUACACAUCCGUACGUAUAAUUCCCAACGAAUCAACAUGUUAUCUAAUUGCAAGCAUCCAAAAUCUUCUUAAAACCACAAAAUUCCGUUUUAUUCAACAUACAAUGACUAUAGUCUGAAUAUAAAUGUUAAUCAAUCUUAAUCCUUAAUCUGUAUAAACAUUCGAAGUUUAAUGUUCAGCAUUGUAUUCUCCUUAAUCCAAUUAAUAUAUGGCGCAACAGCCGUAAAAACGCCUACAAAGAGAACGCAAAGUUCAUUAAAAAAAAAUUCCAGUAACAUUUCCAUAAAAUAAUUGACAUAAUCUCAUGUUACAUGAUACCUGGGUAUGGCGGUUCUGCACAUGGCUUAUUGCUCCAACUGACAAUGCCAACUUGAACGCCAUCAACAAGUAAUGGACCGCCUGCAAAUAAAAAUAGGUCUUUUAUGAAGUCAUUCUGUGUUAUCAGCGAAUUGAUAAUCUCGAAAUAUUCGCGUCAAUUGCCUUACCUGAAUCUCGUAUAUACGGCAGAAAUGAAAAGAGAGGAAGAAGGGAUGUAAUUAACUUUUAUGGCAUAAAAAAUGGAGAAUUAGUAGGAAUAUUGCAUGCAAUUGAGUGAAGCGCAUUUUUUUCGUGGAAAUUUUUAUGAAUUUUACUGAAGUAGAAUGACAAAUUGUGGAUAUAAAAGGCGGAGGAAUUUGAUUGAAGGCUUGUUAUUUUUGUGAUUAUUUUGGUUGUCAUUGAAGAGGUUCAAUUUGAGAGUUUUUUGAUUAUUAAAAACUUUAUGUUUGAAGAUUUAAAGCUUGUCGUGUUAGCUGAGAUUAGAUCGGAUUAUGCUUGAAAGUUUAAAGCUUGACACGUCAGCUGUGCUUCGCUCAGCAUAUGUUUGAAGGUUCGACAACUGCUAGUCAACUGCUAAAAGAAACCUAGUUAAUCAGCUAGCUAGAAACACCUCUAGUGUUGAUUAUAAGGGAAAUCUAAGAUGGGAAAUUGUGAAUGUCACAAGCCGGUUUAUUGAUCAGAAAUCCGGCACUAAGAUGUUGUGACUCUGGCAUAGAGGUGAAUUUAAAUCAAAGCUAGCACUUUGCCAGAGUCAUGCCAGCUUGGCACCAGAUUUCUAUUGGAUUGACCGACUUGUGCUAUUCAAGAAUCCUGGACGCAACCAAUUUUUGUUCUUAGUUGAUCGAUUUUCUAUUCUAAGUAAACUUCAUCAGCCUUAAAAACCAGCCUCUGCUCAUAUCCUCUUCAAACCCAAACCGCCAUUUCAUAAGAAUCCACUUCCACAUAAUCAGCACUCAAACAAUGUCCACACAAAAAUAUAUAAAUUGUCUAUUAAACUUAUCUUUGCAUUGUCCCUUGUAACCACCUUCAAUUCCAGCACAAAUAUUAUUGUAGUGAAUUUCCUCUUCAUGUAAAUCUGCACAAUCACUUUGGCUAUAGAUUUGAUAACUCACUUUUUGCAAAAUUGUACUUAUUUCAGCAUCUGUUCCAGUUCGUCCCCAACCUUAGAAAUUGACAGAUUAAAGAAGACUUGAGGAUUUAAGUGUAUAUGAGCUGCAUACCUGCCAAAACAGCUGGCGUUCCUGUAGAAAAAUAAUCACUAGGUAUUGGCAGCUUCACUUUGUAUUCGAACAAUACAAUUGUCAUUGGACUUUUUGUUUUAAUUAAUCCGAUAUCGUGAAACAAUGUAAAUGGAUCGAAUUUCUCGUGUAUUAUUGUCCUCUCAAAAUAAACAGUAUUUAUUCCUUUUGAUCCAUGCGAUAUCACAGUUGUUCCAUAUUCAAUUUGAUUCGUUGUUGGAUCGUCGUCAUUGAGACAGUGAGCUGCAUUUUAUAUGUGAAGUUCAAAAAAUUGUGACGAUGAAAGAGAAUAUUUUUUAAUUAAUUUAAUUAACCUGGAGGCUAUGAAAUUUAAUUUUGGAUGGUUUUUACACAAAGUGAUAUUUGAGUUUGUAAUUGCUUUGUUGGAAAUGGACAUUUUAUUGGAACUAAAUGUAUAAAACUUUGCAAUUCAUUUAAUUUUGAAGAUUUUUUUUAAAAAAUGUCUAAAUUUCUAUAGCAGUUCCAGUUAGAAUUUAUUGUCAGGGGUGAAGACUGAUUUGAUUAUAAUGAGUCGUUUAUUCUACUUAGAUUAUCUAAAUAAUGAAAUCUUUGUCGAGGGUUGAUUACAUAGCCAUAUCUUUAUUUGAAAAUCUUAGCAGAACCCGAUCAUGUCUAUCAACAUUCAUGAGUCUCUCCUCAAACCUAUUCGAUAAGAUAUCUAAAUAUUGGUUGGUGCAUAGACCAAAGUCCAGUUUGUAGGAACCAAAGGGCUAUUUAUAGAGCUGCCGGUGAAAUAAAAACAAAAAAACCAAUGAUCAUAUCUGGGGCCGUUCACUUAUGACGUCCAAGGGGGAAAGGGGGGGGGGGGGGUCAGAGCAAGAAAAGUUUUUUUUGAAAAUGCCCGUAAUUUUGGACAUCAUAAGUGAACGCCUCUUUUAAGGAAUUUAUGAAAUUGGUCUGCAACUAGUGUUGGCUAAACCAAGGACCUUGAAAAGCUGCUCAGUACUGGCAGGUCUCCAUUUUCUAGUUACCUCCCUAGUUGAGCCUCCUUUUCUGACUUAUUAUAGCCAGGUUCCACUUAAGGCUUCCAAUUCUCAUAAAAACUAUGUAAGAGUAUCUAUACACUAAGAAUAUUCAACUUCAUACCACACCCAUGACUUCUUAAAACAUCAAAAUAAUAAAACCAACCAGCAGUAAGAACCCAAUCCUUAUUCAAUAUAGUUCCACCACAAUAAUGAAUAAAUGUAGAAUCGUUAAAUCUCCACUGAAGUGACACUAAAAACGGAAACUCUUCAAUCCUUGCAUCCGUUCCAUUAACAACAAAUGGAGUGAUUUCAAUUGGACUAGUUGCAGCUAAGGUCACAAAAAUCACUAAUAAAAAUGCUUGUUGAAGCAUUUCCAAACAAGCAAUUGAUUCCACGGACUAAAGAUAACUGAAC